AUGCCAGAUGGAUUGGCAAACUGGGUUCCCGGUUUAAUGCGGCUGAUAUUUGGACCGAGAAAUGUAACAAUUACUGUCGUCUUAAAAGCCUUUGACUUUGCAUUUCCCAGGGGAAUCAGAUUCGGAUAUGCACUCCUGCACUUCUUUCCCAAUGAUGGUUGUGGGGGUGGGUGUUCUUGGCCUGUCGUCUGGACUACUGUAGUACCACUACAUCAACCCCAUGUAACCAAAAGCGAGGUGCAAGCGAACCCUGUCGAACGAAUCGUCAACGCUGAACCUUGGCCUUUUGGCUGUCUUUAUUCCUCUGCAGCAGCCGAAUUAUUUGCUCUGAACUUGGGUAGAUAG